AUUUUACGUUCGCAAAAGAUCCUAGAACAUUGGGAUUUCAUUUCGACAGCGAGAGCAUCUCCAUGAACGAAAGGAAUCGAUGAGACAUUUUCGUCGUCAAUUGUGUGAAGUGCGAUACAAAAACGGUGUGAACUUAACGUGACGAUUAGUCUUCUGCCUUCUGUUUUGAACCUGUUUUGAUUGAGAACAGUACUUGAAACAACAAUGACGGAAGAGAAAGGUCUGACGCAGGAAUACAAGCUCGAACCUGACUGCGAGCUACGGUUCGAACUUGAACAAAAGAAUGAAAAAGUUACAUUAGAGCUGAAAAGCGGUCUUGCCGAAGUGUUUGGUACAGAACUAGUUAAAGGGAAAAAAUACGAAUUCUCUGCGGGUGCAAAACUCGCAGUGUUCACAUGGCAAGGAUGCGUCUUAGAACUGGUAGGAAAGACAGAUGUGAUCUACGUGGCCAAAGAGACGCCAAUGGGUGUUUAUCUCAACUGCCAUGCAGCGAUGGAGCGAAUGCGUGAAACAGCAGAAAAAGAAGAUACAGUUGGACCUAUAACAAUGGUAGUAGGGCCCGGAGAUGUAGGAAAAUCCACUUUCUGCAGACUGUUGCUAAAUUAUGCAGUUCGAAUGGGGCGAAGACCUGUUUUCGUUGAUCUCGACGUCGGUCAAGGUGACAUAGCAAUACCUGGAACAGUCGGAGCUUUAUUAGUAGAAAGACCGGCAAACAUUGUCGAAGGAUUUAGUCAACAAGCCCCGCUUGUCUUUCACUUUGGUCACUCCAGUCCCAGCGCAAAUACUGCGCUGUACAAUCUUUUAGUUUCACGAUUGGCUGAAGUAUGUUCUGACAGACUUCAAGCCAACAAGAAAGCUAAGGCCUCAGGAAUCGUUAUAAACACUUGCGGCUGGAUCAAGGGUGCUGGUUAUAAACUACUGACUCAUGCUGCACAGGCUUUUGAAGUUGACGCGAUUUUAGUGCUCGAUCAGGAGCGUCUCUAUAAUGAGCUAGUCAGAGAUAUGCCAGACUUUGUGAAGGUCGUUUUUCUCCCCAAAAGCGGCGGUGUUGUUGAGAGGAGUAAAUCCUUAAGGACUGAAUCGCGGGACAAAAGAGUUCGCGAGUACUUCUACGGCUUUCGAACUCCGCUCUACCCUCAUAGCUUUGAAGUCAAAUGGAGUGAAGCAAGGCUCUACAAGGUGGGAGCUCCGAUGUUACCAGCGUCAUGUAUGCCUCUAGGAAUGAAAGCAGAAGAUAAUUUGACAAAACUGGUAGCCGUUAGCCCAGGUCCAAGUUUGCUGCAUCACUUACUCUCAGUCUCAUUUGCUGAUUCCCCUGAAGAUGACGUUGUACAAACCAAUGUGGCAGGCUUCGUAUGCGUAACUAACGUUGAUGUCGAGAGGCAAACUUUUAUGGUUUUGAGUCCACAACCAAGGCCGCUACCAAACACCGUCCUCCUUCUGUCUGAUAUACAAUUUAUGGAUAGCCAUUAAGCCAUUGAGGGAAUUUUACACGUGUAUAAACGCAACUGAAUAUUUUUACCAUACAAAAAUAUAUAUAUUUUUAUAGGUGACAGAACAAAUGAAUUUGAAGAUAUUUGAAACUUAUAUUGUGCAAAUGAUUUUAUUGUUUACCACAGUCCUAAAAUCAUUAGGAUGGUACAAUCUGGCUAAUGGAGUAAUAUUAUUAGAGCUAAAUUAUAAAUAGUUAAGUGAUACUAUUAAUUGUGAGCAAUAUUUGAUUUGUAUUAAUUAGCUCCAUUUAGUAUUUUUAAGGCACCUUCCUCACUCUUGGAGUAAAAACUCAUGCAACUGAGUACUAAUCGCUCAGCAAAUGCCCUGAGCAAAUUCUGCAGACAGCAGCCUCUGAUUGCAACUGAGAACUUCUUAAAAAGCUCACUUUUAUUUCCUCCAAAAAAUUAUCUAUUUCGUUAUAUAUGUCCUCAAUUAUCUCACGUGCAGUAUCGAAGAAAAACUCUGCUAAAUUAUCACAGCGAUCCAUGUGACUAGCAUCUAUGCCUAAAUCUGCAAACAGAUUCUCGACUUUUGGUCUCACAUACCCAAUCCAAAUAUCGUACAUUAAUUUAUCCAUUGACUCCUUUGCAAAUUCUUUGCUUUUUCUAAGAAUAUGUUGCGCAAUGUUUGCGAGAUUCGUAAUUAAAUUCGUACAUCCAAUGUCACUAAAGUUCUGCAUGUCAAUUACAAGCUUUCCAAUAUAAUUCAUGCUUUCAAAAGAUAUCGGAAAUGAUGCAUAGUACGUGAAAGGUUUAAAACUUUCUCUAAUCAAGCCAAGUUGCCUUACAUAGUUCGCCACUGGCAUUCUAUUUGGAGAUGGUAUGGUACUCCGUGAUACAUGAAAAGGGUCUACAGCUCUCACAGUAUUGACUCUUACUUGCUGUGUUUGCUGAGAUAAAUCAAUGGGAUCAAAUUUUACAUUGUGAUUGAUCAUAGCAUGACCAUCUUUGAACGUAACUUCAGCAUUCGACGACCUAAAUACUUUAUUGUUUCUAACAA